UUAUCCUUGAAUAUCACAUAAAUUUCUUCUAUUGGUAAUAGUGUUUCAUUUCGGGCUUUUUUUGCUCAUUUUCAAGAGAAUUUUAUCAUGGCUGAAGCACUUGUGAACUUUUCUGAUUGGUUAGGAAAUAAAUUAAAAGAAUUGAACACUGAUGAAAGUGUGUUCGGUUCUUACAUUAGCGGAAUAUUGGAUAGUGAUGAAACGGCGGAUGAAAAGAAUGAAGCGUUACAAGGUAUCCUCUCAGAAAUCGUCGAAAAUGAAAAUAAUCUGAAUGACUUAUGUGCUGAAAUAUUGGAUAUGUGGUGUAAGCUGCAGACAAAGGAAUCAGCUAGCUCUGUGAAAGAUCCUUUAGAGGAUGUUGAUGUUAAAUUGGCCAAAUUAAUGGAAUCUCAAUGUCUACAAACCACGAAGCAGAAGCAGUACACUGAUGAGGAACGUAAAAUUAGGGAGGCUAUUCUUGCUCAAUACAGUCAGAUGACUGAUGAUGAAGAGGAAGAAGAUGAUGUAUGUGUAAGUCCAGAAGCAGGUAUGCAGAAAAAUAUGAAUGCUCAAAAUGUUGCUCAAGCUGAAAAAGAAAAGAGAGAAAAUGCUAAGCAAGAGAGCCAGAAAAAGAAGGAAAAAGAUAAAGAAGAUAGGCAAAAACAAAAGCAACUUCAAGAAGAUAAAAAAGAAAAGAGGAAGACUCAGAAAGGUGAACGCAGACGGUAGCAACGCUAAUGAUGAUUUGAUGUUUUGUUAUAUAAAAAUAAUUACAUAUUAAUAUAUCUGUUAAUACAAAUGCUAUGAAUUUGGAUUUAAAUUUUUUUCUUUUUGUUUGAAAUUUUAUUUUAUAAGAACUUAAUACAAUAAAU